UUGGCCCCGCCCGCCCGCCGCCCGCCCGCCCGCGCCGCUCGCCGCCGCAGCCCCGGGCCCGGGGAUUAUGCUCGAGCCAUGAGGCGGCUGCGGCGCUGCGCGACCGCGGCGCUGCUGCUGCUGCUGCCGCUGCUCCCCGCGCUCGGUUUCUGCGCCCAGGCUACUGUCGGAGCGCUGCGCUUUAGGGUGUCCCCCCAACUGCGGAGCCCGGACGCCCCCGAGGUCACCGAGCCUAGCCGGCUGGUGGGGAAAAGCUCCGGGGGAGAGGUCCGACGGCAGCAGCUGGACACCAGGGUCCGCCAGGAGCCUCCGGGGGGCCCGCCUGUCCACCUAGCCCGGGUGAGCUUCGUCAUCCCGGCCUUCAGCUCCAACUUCACGCUGGACCUGGAGCUCAACCACCACCUCCUCUCCUCCCAGUACGUGGAGCGUCACUUCAGCCGGGAGGGUCCCUCCCAGCACAGCACCGGGGCUGGGGACCACUGCUACUACCAGGGGAGGCUCCGGGGGAACCCCCACUCCUUUGCCGCGCUCUCCACCUGCCAGGGGCUACAUGGGGUCUUCUCCGACGGGAAUUUCACCUACAUUGUGGAGCCCCGCGAGCUGGCCGAGCCUUGGGAAGCCCCCCAGGGACCCCUCCCACACCUCAUCUACCGGAUCCCUCUCCUUCCAGCUCCCUUUGGUUGCCAGGAACCAGGCUGCCUGUUUGCUGCCCCUGCCCGGCCUCCCGCAGACCUGCCCAGGCUGAGAAGGAAAAGGCAGGUCCGCCGGGGCCACCACACGGUGCAUAGCGAGACCAAGUACGUGGAACUGAUCAUCAUCAACGACCACCAGCUGUUUGAGCAGAUGCGACAGUCCGUGGCUCUCACCAGCAACUUCGCCAAGUCCGUGGUGAACCUGGCGGACAUGAUGUACAAGGAGCAGCUCAACACCCGCAUCGUGCUGGUCGCCAUGGAGACAUGGGCAGACGGGGACAAGAUCCAGGUGCAGGAUGACCUGCUGGAGACCCUGGCCCGGCUCAUGGUCUACCGGAGGGAGGGUCUGCCGGAGCCCAGUGACGCCACCCACCUCUUCUCGGGCAGAACGUUCCAGAGCACCAGCAGCGGGGCCGCCUACGUGGGGGGCAUCUGCUCGCUGUCCAGGGGUGGCGGGGUGAACGAGUACGACAACAUAGGGGCCAUGGCAGUGACGCUGGCCCAGACGCUGGGGCAGAACCUGGGCAUGAUGUGGAACAAUCACCGGAGCUCAGCAGGUGACUGCAAGUGUCCAGACAGCUGGCUGGGCUGCAUCAUGGAGGACACUGGGUUCUAUCUGCCCCGCAAGUUCUCGCGCUGCAGCAUCGACGAAUACAACCAGUUUCUGCAGGAGGGCGGCGGGAGCUGCCUCUUCAACAAGCCCCUCAAGCUCCUGGACCCUCCGGAGUGCGGGAACGGCUUCGUGGAGGCGGGCGAGGAGUGCGACUGCGGCUCGGUGCAGGAAUGCAACCGCGCCGGCGGGAACUGCUGCAAGAAAUGCACCCUGACGCACGACGCCAUGUGCAGCGACGGGCUCUGCUGUCGCCGCUGCAAGUACGAGCCGCGGGGUGUGUCCUGUCGAGAGGCGGUGAACGAGUGCGACAUCGCAGAGACUUGCACCGGGGACUCGAGCCAGUGUCCCCCGAACCUGCACAAACUGGACGGGUACUACUGUGACCAUGAACAGGGCCGCUGCUACGGGGGCCGCUGUAAAACCCGGGAACGGCAGUGCCAAGCACUCUGGGGCCAUGGGGCCGCCGACCGCUUCUGCUAUGAGAAGCUGAACGUGGAGGGGACAGAGCGGGGGAACUGUGGGCGCAAGGGGUCAGGCUGGGUCCAGUGCAACAAACAGGACGUGCUCUGCGGCUUCCUCCUCUGCGUCAACAUCUCUGGAGCCCCUCGGCUGGGAGACCUGGGGGGAGACAUCAGCAGUGUCACCUUCUACCAUCAGGGCAAGGAGCUGGACUGCAGGGGCGGCCACGUGCAGCUGGCCGACGGCUCUGACCUGAGCUACGUGGAGGACGGCACAGCCUGCGGCCCCAACAUGCUGUGCCUGGCCCACCGCUGCCUGCCCGCCUCCGCCUUCAACUUCAGCACCUGCCCUGGCAGCGGCGAGAGGCGUGUCUGCUCCCACCACGGGGUCUGCAGCAACGAAGGGAAGUGUAUCUGCCAGCCCGACUGGACGGGCAAAGACUGCAGCAUCCACAACCCCCUGCCCACGCCACCACCCACGGGGGAGACGGAGCGCUACAAGGGUCCCAGCGGCACCAACAUCAUCAUCGGCUCCAUCGCCGGCGCCGUCCUGGUCGCAGCCAUCGUGCUGGGCGGCACGGGCUGGGGAUUUAAAAACAUCCGCCGAGGAAGGUCUGGAGGGGCCUAAGGGCCACCCCCCUCCCUCCACGGCUGGCGCCCACCGUCUCCACCCUGAGCUGCGAGGCCGCCGCGCCCAGCCACGGAGGGAGGCUCCGUGCAUAUGUCUUCCGGGCCCAGCCCUUCAGCCCUGCCCCGAGGGGGCGGUGCGGGGGGCCGGGGCCCUCCCCGCCACACCACCACCAGGGUGGACUGGGCCUGGAGGUCACUCCUCCGGUCCCCCACCCUACCUCAUGCGGCUCUGGCCUCGCCCGCCGCGCUCCCUGUGUGAAUGUAGCUUCCAUCCCAUGGAUCCCUCGGCCCCGCGGGAAGGGGCGGCCGCAGGGGGACCCGGAGGCGGCCCAGGACGGGCCCCUCUUCAGAACCAGGUGGUGGGAGCAGGGGGAGGAGCCUUCAGGGACGAGUGUACCCCCGGGAGCCAGGCAGGGCGGGCACAUGUGGUCUGGCACAGGUGAGGCCGGGCCUGCCCCUCUGCCAGCCGCUGGCCCAGACAAGGUCCAGCGCCAGCUCGAACCAAAGCUGCCUGUGCCGCGCCCGGCCGAGGGCAGGGAGGGCAGGCAACCUCGUGUGGCAGAGGGUCAUCACCGGCACAGCGACCCGCUGCUGUCCUGCCAGCAGGCAUGUGAUGGGGGGUCAGAAGAAAGUCCCUGGAAUAAAAUGUCACCUUCCCCCUCUCAAGGGAGGUGACUCUGGGGCGACUCAGGGUUUGGGCACCUCCGGUGCGGCUCAGAGCUCCCGGCUGGGCCAUUUUUCCCAGGGAGAAGGCGGGGGGUGGUGGGCGAGGGGGGGGGGACCGGGGCGGGAUGGGGGGGAUCAGUGCCUGGAGAGGCCAGGAAGGAGAAGCGGAUCACAGGGGCAGUCCUCGGCUGCUAGAAAAGCCCCCCAGCCUGCGGACCCUCCACUCCCACCUCACUCCAGGACCAGGUAGUGAAACUGCAGCGGGUUCCCCGAGGGCUCCGUCCCCACCUCAGCACCCCCACCGCUCUCAGCGGGGACAGGAGCUCCUGCUGGUGGGACCACCAGAUGGAUGAAUGCCCCUCUCCCCUGGAGAGGCCCCCAGGUUCGGCAGGGGGUGCCGGAUGCCCCAGGACCUUCCAGCUGCAUCAGUCCCUGUCACUGGGGGGAAGGGCGCCCGGAUGACCUCACCACCCACCGGGACAAGGGUCUAAGCCCCACGGACAGACGCUGGGGGCGGGCGCCCACUCCCAGAACACCUCAGCACAUCAUGGCACUGCCCGAGCGAGGGGUGGGUGGGCUACCCCUUCGCCAGCUCUGCUCUGCCAGCCCUGGGGGGUGGGGGGGGACAGGUGAGGGCCCCUUGCACUUGCCCUGCUGCAUCCAUGUGGUGGUGGGGGGGGGCAGAGUGCACCCCUCCGGUGUCCCGCCUGAGGGCUCCCUGCUGUCUGCCCCGCCCCCGCCCCGUCCCCUGGCAGGGCCUGGAGGAAGGAGGGAAGCAGCCCCCCCCCCCCACAGCAUCCUGUAAAUAUGUCCUGGGCUGGGCCGGGCCGGGAGCGGAGACAGACGCUUCGAUUAAAGAUCAUGUUCUUGGGCUUCCUCGGAGCUCACACCAGUGGC